GCUAGCUGAAAGUGAAACUGAGAUCAGGGCCAAUUUAAAGCAUCAGGGAGGUAAUUGAGGUAGAGAGAGCAAUGGCGCCGGCCGCUCAUCGGGAUGGCGCGCCGGAGGCGGAGAAGAGGGUGUUCCACUUCGGCAAGGGCAGGAGCGACGGCAACAAGACCAUGAAAGACCUGCUGGGAGGGAAGGGGGCGAACCUGGCGGAGAUGGCGAGCAUCGGGCUGUCGGUGCCGCCGGGGUUCACGGUGUCGACGGAGGCGUGCCAGCAGUACCAGGCGCAGAAGGCGAUGCCGGCGGGGCUGUGGGACGAGAUCCUGGCGGCGCUGGCGUGGGUGGAGGGCAACAUGGGCGCCGUGCUCGGCGACCCGCGCCGCCCGCUGCUGCUCUCCGUCCGCUCCGGCGCCGCCGUCUCCAUGCCCGGCAUGAUGGACACCGUCCUCAACCUCGGCCUCAACGACCACGUCGUCGCCGGCCUCGCCCACCGCAGCGGCGAGCGCUUCGCCUACGACUCCUACCGCCGCUUCCUCGACAUGUUCGGCAACGUCGUUAUGGACAUACCGCAUUCACUAUUCGAGGAGAAAAUUGAGGCCAUGAAAGCAGCUUUAGGGUUGCGGAACGACACCGAGCUGACUGCCAGGGAUUUGAAAGAACUUGUAGCCCAAUAUAAGAAUGUUUAUGUGGAGGCCAAAGGUGAACAAUUUCCCUCAGAUCCAAAGAAGCAGUUGCAUCUAUCUGUGUUGGCUGUUUUUAACUCAUGGGAUAGCGCGAGGGCAAAGAAGUACAGAAGCAUUAACCAGAUCACUGGGUUAAAGGGUACUGCUGUGAAUGUUCAGUGUAUGGUCUUUGGCAACAUGGGUGACACUUCAGGCACCGGGGUUCUCUUCACGAGGAACCCUAGUACUGGAGAGAAAAAACUUUAUGGUGAAUUCCUUGUCAAUGCUCAGGGUGAGGAUGUGGUUGCUGGAAUUAGAACUCCACAAGAUCUUGAUACCAUGAAGGAGUGCAUGCCACAGCCUUAUGCAGAACUGGUCGAGAAUUGCAAAAUCUUGGAAAGCCACUAUAAAGAAAUGAUGGAUAUUGAGUUCACUGUUCAAGAAAAUAGACUUUGGAUGCUGCAAUGCAGAACAGGGAAGCGCACAGGCAAAGGUGCUGUGAAGAUUGCUGUUGACAUGGUCGAUGAGGGACUGGUUGACCGCCGUUCAGCCAUUAAGAUGGUGGAACCACGGCACUUGGACCAGCUUCUUCAUCCGCAGUUUGAGAACCCGGCAUCAUAUGGAGACAAAGUUAUUGCUACAGGUUUGCCUGCAUCACCAGGAGCUGCUGUAGGCCAGAUUGUAUUCACAGCUGAUGAUGCCGAAGCAUGGCAUGCACAAGGAAAAUCUGUCAUUCUGGUGAGGACUGAAACAAGCCCAGAGGAUGUUGGUGGCAUGAAUGCGGCUGCUGGAAUUCUUACAGCCAGAGGUGGUAUGACAUCUCAUGCAGCAGUCGUAGCCCGUGGAUGGGGAAAAUGUUGUGUGGCAGGAUGCUCGGGUAUCCGUGUAAAUGAUGCUGAAAAGGUGGUACUGGUUGGCGACAAGGUGCUUUGUGAGGGUGAAUGGAUGUCACUGAAUGGUUCGACUGGAGAGGUCAUUUUGGGCAAGCUGCCUCUAUCCCCACCAGCACUUAGCGGUGAUUUGGGAACAUUCAUGGCUUGGGUGGAUGAAGUUAAGAAACUCAAGGUCAAGGCUAAUGCUGACACUCCUGCGGAUGCAUUGACUGCAAGAAAUAACGGUGCUGAAGGGAUUGGGUUGUGCAGAACAGAACACAUGUUCUUUUCUUCUGAUGAAAGGAUAAAGGCCAUGAGACAAAUGAUAAUGGCAGAAACAAUUGAACAGAGACAAGUAGCACUAGAUCGCCUCUUGCCAUAUCAGAGACUUGACUUCGAAGGAAUUUUCCGUGCAAUGGAUGGACUUCCUGUGACUAUUCGGCUCUUGGAUCCUCCACUUCAUGAAUUCCUUCCAGAGGGUAACGUUGAGGAUAUGGUGCGUUUGUUGUCUUCUGGCAACGUAUAUACUCAGGAGGAAAUUCUUACAAGGAUAGAAAAACUUUCUGAAGUAAAUCCAAUGCUGGGUUUCCGUGGGUGCAGGCUUGGGAUAUCAUACCCAGAAUUGACGGCAAUGCAAGCCCGUGCUAUCUUUGAAGCUGCUAUUUCUAUGACUGAGCAAGGUGUUCAAGUUUUCCCAGAGAUAAUGGUGCCUCUCAUUGGAACACCUCAGGAACUUGCCCAACAAGUAGAAGUAAUUCGUGAAGUUGCCGAAAAGGUGUUCGCAAAUGCAGAGACAACCAUUAACUACAAAAUUGGAUCCAUGAUUGAGGUUCCCAGGGCUGCUCUUAUAGCUGAUGAGAUAGCAGAACAAGCGGAAUUCUUCUCUUUUGGGACGAACGACCUGACUCAGAUGACAUUUGGUUAUAGUAGGGAUGAUGUUGGCAAGUUUCUGCCAACUUACUUGUCAAAGGGUAUCCUCCAGAACGACCCUUUCGAGGUGUUUGACCAGAAGGGAGUUGGGGAGCUUGUUAAGAUCGCCACAGAGAGGGGCCGCAAGGCAAGGCCUGAUUUAGAGGUGGGCAUUUGUGGUGAGCAUGGUGGUGAGCCUUCUUCAGUUGCAUUUUUCGCGAAGGUUGGGCUGAACUACGUUUCUUGCUCCCCUUUCAGGGUUCCAAUUGCAAGGCUAGCAGCAGCACAGGUUAUGCUGUGAUCGGCGCGUACUAAUGAAGCAACCGUUGGUGCAUCUUGUAUAUACGAAGAGUAAAUAAUGCUUAAAUAAUUUAUGUUUCGAUGGACACUCGCGACAUGUUUCGCUUGACGAAAUGUAUGAUAACCUGCAAAUGGAGGUUUGCAUGUGUGCAUAAAUAAUAUUUUUUGGAUGUGUGCCCACGGGGAUUGCUACAAUAAGCAUCAAACAGAGCCAUCAGAGGUGGCAUGUUAAGGCACCUGAAAUAAUUGUAAUUUAUUUCGAGAAUUACUCAAAUGAUUGAAAUAGUAUGUUUUUU